CUUUCAUCUUAGCUGAUCACCUCCCUUUUCAACCUACAACAUCACCAACUCUUUGCAGUAUCUUCUACCUCUCACCCUGCAUGCAGGGUAAUCCCUUACAAAUUGUGCAACACACAGGCAUACAGAUGUAGCCCUUGUACUUCUGUACACCUUUUUUCAACUACUACACUGCAUAUGCUUUGAACUGGGUAUAACUCCACCUUUUGCAUCAUGCCCUGGGCAGUCCUAGCCACCUUUGACUCCUUAUUCUGAGCACUUCCUAGACACUGUGAAUAAAUCAAACCUGCAGCAUUCAUUGCUCCCUUCCAUACACUCCCUGAUAAGCAUCCUUGUGUAACCCAAACAGGCUGUGAUCAUUUUUUCCAAUCAGCACAUAUGCACAUCACUCACCCCCACUCUCUGCAUUGAGCAUACCCUCAUUCAGUUGCCAGUCUACCUCCACAUCUCUGCAUUUCCCCUGUCUCCAGUCUCUCCACCCUCACGAUGGAGCCUCUCCACCCAUUUCCCAGCCUCUCGUUCUACUCACAGACACCUCGAUCCAUUACUGAACACAGGGAUUAGGCAGACCUGACAUGGGAAAUGGGCACAGGACAAGGGGCAGUGCCAGGAACAGACUGGGGAACCAAGUGACGCGCAUAUAACAGGAGCAGAAGAGAUAGAGGAGGGGGAAGCAGGAGAGACGGAGAGACAGAUAGAGAAACAGAAGAGAGACAGAAACACAGGAAAGCUAUUGAAGAGAGAAUAACUGGAAGACUAACAUUGAAAUCUGACUGGGACUGACAAGAGUUAAAAUGUUGAAAGGAUGUGACAGAACUGAUAGACAAGGGUUGAUGAGAACAGGAGAGGUAGACAUCGAGUAGAAAGAAGGCAUGGAAAUCCAUGAGUGUCGUGGGACACCAUAUAUAUGUAGAGAACACAUGUGACAUUCUAGUGGGCAUCAUUUACAAGGCAUUUACAAGGAGGGAUUCCUCUGCAGAACUCAGAAGAAAAAAAGUCUCCAUGUCCUAACUGGUACUUGGACCAACUGUGUGAUGGGGGAUCCAUUCUCACCAUCAAGGGGACCUAGUCUACACCAGUGGUUCAUUAAGAGAACGUCGUAGGCAUGAUACCUUACUAACAGAGAAAUGGCACUUUUAUGGUGGGCACUAAUCUGGUGCCAUCAUGCCCAGCAGAUUCUAUAUGCCAAUCCUACUUUCAAGAUCACUUCAUUGAACAAUGUCACUAAGGAGGAAAUUCCCACUCAAAUACCAACUACCCCUCCACCAUCCACCCCUUCAUCUACUCUACCUGCCCUAUCACUUCCAUUUCCUUCCACCUUUUUGCCAGUUUCUUCCACUUCUGUUCCAGUUUAUUCACCCUCCCCUCCAGUCUCUUUUCCUUUUCCAUCCACCACCUUUCCAUCCACCACUUUUCCAUCCACCAUGACUCAGUCUUCUCCUGCUAUAUCCUCUUCACCUGACCCAGACCAGCCUGAUGAGGACGGUCGUAGGGCAGCUCUAAACUUCCUGCAUUCAGGUAACCUUCUUUUCUUAUCUGAAUCCAACUGCUCAAAGAGGUUUGAACUCACUGACCUGAGAGGUUCCCCAACGGACGCAGUUCUUUAUCACACAAGAGGUCCAAGGGACUCCUUGCUGCAUGCCACUAACUUCCUCAACAUGAUAUUCCAGGCCAGUGACAUGCGUGAAUCCAGCAUAAGGGAGGAUAUGGAAUGGUACCAUGCGCUAGUAAGAAGCCUGGCAGGAGGGGACCCACAAAUCCGCCGGGCACUACUUUCCAUUACUACCCACCCAAUGUCCUCCAAACCCCAGCUGCUUCUUCAGGCCACAAAAGAGGGCCAAGAAAUUUUAUUACGAGACCUCUCCUCACCCCAUUACCAUAAAAAACACAGAACAGGUUGGGAGUUUUGGGGCUCCUUUCAGGCUAAUCCGUCUCUUACCAAGGAAAUCUUGCUGAAUGACCUCCAGAGCCUGGAAACUCCAAAGUGGAGCAGGGGAGACAGCUAUAUUGUGAACAUCAGCCAUGUUCAGUGGUCCAAACCUUUUCUGGAGUGUGAGGGAGGACGCUUUGUGCAGGGAUGGAUGGUGUCUCUCUCCACAGCAUUUUUUGGACUGAAGCCUGACUUGAGUCCAGAGUUUAAGUAAGUGAGCAAGUCGUGGAUGAUGGGAUAUGUCAUGGAUGAUGGAAUUUCUUGGAAGCAUAAGCAACGAAAGGGACAUGGAAUGGAGGUUGAAUGCAUGUUUGUAUCUGCAGUGAGUGAAUUUUGGAUAUAUGUGACUGCUGUCUAUGAAUGAUAUUGAAAUAUGAACUUGUAUUCUGCUAAUGUAUUCACAGAUCACUUGGUGAUAUUUUACAAAUGUAGCUCCUUUUUUGCUCAGUAAAUGCCCAUUUUUAUUUUAUCUCACCUGUCCAUCUUGUCUCAUGGCCUCCCCUUACCCUCCCCCCACCCUCAGAUUAGUCUCACACACACUGAUUUCUGUAUCACUCGCAUCCGCCCUCAAACUGAGCAGCUGUUAAGCUGCAAAUCUCCCUACGCCAGCUCUCAGUGAGCAGAUGGCAUAGAUAUGCCAAGUUCUCUUUGCCCAGGCAUAUUGCUGCCCUUACCUCUUUCCAUAACCUAGCUGUAACUCCAUGUUUGUUUAACCCCUUAAAAAAUAAUAUUCUUCCAUUCACAUUUUGUUUUCCUCCAUCUAUUCAUAAAUAAAUGCUGUCGUCACCAUGCACAUUUAAACGUGUUCACUAUACUCCUAAACCCAUUAAUUUGUGAUUGAGAACUCUAUCUUCAGAAUCCCUUAAUUUGUUGUUACAGUUAUCACCACAUCUCACUAUAACAUAUCUUGUAAAAUCAAGUCACUAAUAUUCUAUUUUCCAUAGUCAUUUCAAAAUUCGUCAUUCCAGUCAGUACCUUGGUGUCCUUCACCCACUCACUAAUUAUAUAUCUGUAUCCUGGUCUCACCCAUUGGUGUCUUGUAUACUGCCUUUAGCUAUAAAUGUCCAUCUAUACGUCUUGUUCCGCCCAGAAUCCCUUGUGUAUCUAGAUUCGAGUCUAACCAAACAGUAACCCUGUACGCUACCCUCAAACUGCAGAAUUUCAAAAUACUAACCUCACCCACAAGCACCUUCAUCUACCCAGAAUUUCAGCCUCAUUAGCAACUCCUUAAUCUGUCCUCAGCAAUUUUUACCUAGGUGAUAGUGACUCAGUCGUAGAUAUCUGCAUUGCCUUGACAUACCUUGCAGAAACUCUGUAUCACUUCUUGGGCUGUCAGCAUCUCUACAUAUUUCCCUGAACAAUUAACACAUCUGUAUAACAUGAACAUUGUCUCACACAUCAUUAUCUCCGCAUGCUACUGUUACGCACUUCUGCCUACCACAAUUAUAAGUAAAAAAAAAUUUGUGUAAUACACACAUAGAAAAAUAUACAAAUUAAUAGCUUGUCCUAACGAUGAUCCCCACUAAGCUAGUCUAUAUAUUUUAGCUCCCUUUUACCAUAACAGACAGAACCUUGGAGAGACUGGUUCCACCUAUACAGUCCAUUAAAUAUAUUAGAAGCUUCCUUUACAUUAGAACUACAGUAUCCUUGGAUGACUGUCUCAGAGGCCUUGUCAGUCAGGUAUGGCUGAUGUUCUACCAGGCACAGUGAUUAAUAGGUUCAUAUCUAUACGACCAUUUUAGACGUCAAAAGAUGGACAUUAUGUGCAUAUGAAUCAAGGGACUCUAAGAACCGGAAAAACAAAAAAAACCUAACAGCAUGACCUGUAUGUAGUUAUCACUCAGAAAAUAAAUAUCGGACCAUUUGUGGUAUUUUAGAAAAACCCCAACGCACUGUCAAAUCAAUUGAUCCCAUCCAUAGGAGUAGUCUAGAACCAAAAAUACAAGACAGACUCUGUGUUCACAAGGGCUACAAUAAACUAGCGUUUUAUAAUCCUUGGCGGUUGUGAUAUAUCUUAUACCAUUCUAGAGAGACACACGAGGGGGGGUCUAUAUCUAUAUUACCUUUCUAUGCUUAAAGUGUUUAAGGCCAGUGUACUUUGCUUAUGACUCCAUAAGUCUAAGAGGUUCAACUUGAGCUGCAUCCAAACAUGGACUUCUUUACAUGUUGCUGACAGCCAUCAACAUCAUGUAGUUUCAUUGGUAUAGAAAGCAGUGGUGGGAUGAGGUACAUGAAUUUCCCUCAGAAAAUCUAGGGGAUGAGGUAGAUGAGAGGGGAAUAUCCUCCCAGUAAUGAUGCUGUAGCUUUAAAACUAUAUGUUUUGCCGUUUAAGAAAAAUGAGAUAAACAAAACAUUUGUCUUUUUCUCUACGUAUCUUUUAAAACUAUUAUAUUUCAACAAGAAGAUGCACAAAUCUAAAUGGAAAGACCUUUAUUGAAUAACAGUUUUUUGGAGGGGGUGAGAAAUGCACAUUUAUAUUUACUGAAAGCUUAGGUAACUUAGCAUAUAUAGGCCUCUCCAGUAUAGUAUGUAAUUUUGCCUAUAUAAAGUUACAUGAUUUAACAUUUUAAAGGUGCUAGGUUUGUUAUAACAGGUGCCAUCCCCUGAUUUUCUUUGGUUCCAAUAUCUAUAUCUAGCUUCAUAAACAGAUCAAUAUUCGUACAUUGGCUGUUUAUCUUUCUCUAAACCACAAGUAUGGGAAAUUCUAACUGUACAUCCUUGCCUAUGUUCACUCCUUUACUACAUAUACUGUAUACUUUAUUGAUGUAUAAUGAUCAAUUAUGAAACUCAAACCAGAUACCAGCAUAUGAAUAUUGCCCUGAUUUCAAAUAAUUCCAUACAGAGUUGGUAAUGCCCCAGCAGGAGGGUAAAAAAUCCAAGGUCUCUAAGGGCUCAUUUACAAGGUUAUCACAAUUUGUUAAUAGCCAGCCACUAGUUCCUAAAAUUGCAUGUGGCUACUUUAGCAAGUAGUGACUGUUUACCGUCUGCCAAAUUUCAGAAAUUGCGAUAUGGAUUUUCCAGUUGCUGAUACUAAAAGUCAGUUAUUAAGCUCAUAUCUUCUUCUUAGUGACUGGUUUUGCACCAUAUCAUUAAUCUGCCCUCUCCCCCUUUUACCCCAUGUUUCUAUGUUUAUAAAACCAUCAUUAGUUGUUUCAAAAAUAUUCUUCUUAGUAUCUCCAUAUUAAAAAAUAAAAUAAAAAAUGUAUUCCUUAUUUUUGGAGAGCAGUGGUAAGUUCACGUUCAAGAUAUUACAUAAGACAGGUGACAUUAAAUAUAUCAACAGAGAUAUGCAUAAAUUGUCAAUAUGUGCUGCGCUUUUUUUUUCGUGAAGAAAAGAAACAUAAAAAACAGGCUUGGUAAACAUGUCUGGUCAGAGGUAAGUAUACAAGCUAACAACCUAUUUAAACAUUCCAGAUAAGCAAAUGCUAAAUUUAGUUUUGUCGCUUGCUCAUUAAUAUCUAGCAUGCUCAAGAACCGCAUCUCAGCUUGAUCAGCCUAUGCCACUAAGAGUCCAGUGUAGGUAAGUUAGUUCGGAGCCUGGCUCUACUUCUGCUUUCCCCACCCUCACCUCUCAAUGCAGAGAUAGGCCCGUCUGUGGUGUGAUCUCCAGCAAUAGUCCCGUAUGCCAGAAUCGCUAGCUCUCAUCUGCUCAGUCCUUGUUGGGAGACAGUGACUGUCUAGGAUUCCCCACUGUCUCAGCAGGAGGGUCAAAUGCUUGCAGAAGCCUUACAGUGUGUGGAUGGCAGUGAUGAGGGUGGAUCUCCACAUGGUCACCACACCCAGACGAAGGACGGCGUGCUGGUGUGGCAGCUGUAGCAGGCAGCAGUGUAGGCGAGGUAGGUAAAGGUGCUCGGUGGGCAAUUUGAUUGCAGAAGUUCUGGCAUAGCUGAUCAAAUAUCGCUUCAAAGCUUUCCUUCCAAGUUUGGCUUCCCAAAUGCAACUGGCUUGGGGUAUGCUGUGGUGCGGCGGUCAUCUUAGGAUCGCCAUGUGGUUGCGGGUGAGACGGGACUCUGAGACCUGCUGCUAUGAGGAAGUAGCUUGCCCAAGCGGGUCUGUAGGGGGGUGACAGGGCUGAGUAGAAGUCGCUAUGAACCAGUCAGGAGAGCGUCCGCCUCUCCCAACCAACAAGCCUUUAGACUCUGUAUGCCGCAAGUCCAGAUUAUGGGGUGCCAUGCUAGGUUUGUGCACGCUAGUGCCAGCAAAUGAUUCCCUGGUUGUUAAUUGGUCUGCAAUGCGUCUUUCAGCUUUCAGGGUAAUUUCUCUACUUGGAAACAGUUUAAUGGUUCAAGCUUGCAGAAGCUGUUAGCAAACAGAUCCGGCCAUCUUAAGAGUCAGGCCCCGCCCCGUAUCUCCAUAUUCUUAUCUUAGAAGUCUAAAUAAGCUAUUCUGUUACAAAAUCCAUUUCUCCUUCAAUCAGAAGAUAUACUCCAAGAAAAGUUCACUUAAAAGAUCUUUCUGAGGGAAUGGUCCUACCCGCACAUAUCGUGGCUCGGGAGAGUGCAGGUCAUAAAAAUGAACUUCCUUCCGCGCCUCUUAUACCUCUUUCAGGCCAUCCCCACUGUCAUACCAGGCCCCUUCUUUAACACACUCAGAAAAGAAAUGAUAAAAUACGUAUGGAACGGGAGGAGGCCCAGAGUGAAAUUUUCCACACUGACACGUCCUAAAGACAAAGGGGGACUAGCCCUUCCAGACUUCCACCAGUACUACGUAGCCACACACCUGCAGAGAAUCAUGGAGUGGUCUAAAGACGGAGUUCACAAACUAUGGAAGACAGUGGAAGAGGCAGAAGCAGGCAGACCGAUCUCGGGGCUUCCCUGGGGCCGAGACACAACCGAUAGAGGUGACAUGUCCAUAUACACGAGACACACUAUGAGAGUUUGGAGGAAGGCCGCAAAGAAAGGGAAUAUGGCACCGUACCCCUCCCCCCUCUUGCCCCUGACACACAACGAGGACUUCCCGCCGGGUCUAGACCCUGGAACCCUCAAACACAUCUUCCCAGACAGUACCCCACGCCUACACCACUUCCUUCAAGGUGGGAAAUGUAAAACACUAACGGACUUGAUGGGAGAGACGCCCCCGACCUUUAUGCACCGCUUCCGACAUGCCCAACUGACCAAUUACAUCCACUCCCUACCGCAGGGACCAGCACUGGCCAGAGACCAGACCACGAUAGAAGUGGUCAGCUCACACCCAGACCCGCUCCCGCAUGGAGUGUCCUUCUUAUAUUCCAUGCUCCAAUCAGAAACCCCGUACGAGACACCACUAUUCAUGGGAAAAUGGGAAACAGCCCUGGGUAACACACUAACGGAAGCAGAAUGGGAAACCAUCUGCUACCUUACACACCACUGUUCCACUCACAGCAAAACACAGGAAACGGCCUACAAGCUUCUAACACAUUGGUAUAGGACACCACAUCUCCUUCAUCACGUAAACCCAGACCACUCCAGACUCUGCUGGAGAUGUGAAAGAGAGGUGGGCACCACAAAACACAUCUGGUGGGAUUGCGCGUUGAUCCAACCAUACUGGAAGAGGAUACACAAAAUGCUAGAGAAGUUCGCGGACGCGCCCCCCCCCUGGAACCGGCAGCGAUGCUCCUACACCACACAACAGUUCCCCGAUCCAAAUACAAAAAAUCCAUGACCAUUAGAAUACUUAACGUGGCCAAACGAGUGCUCCCCCAAUUCUGGAAACAAACAGUUACACCUCCACUUUCGACCUGGUUUAGCCAAAUGGAAGAGCUAAGGUCAAUAGAGGAACUGACCAUGACGACCAACACUACACCCACUACCUACAUGAGCAUCUGGACGCACUGGAUUCUAGAGACGGCAAAAGAAGAGUUCCAAUUAGAACUCAGGCCUAACACUAACGGGAAUCACGACACAGACAGAUAGUACUCAGAACACACACCACAGACGACGCUAGAUGGACGACAGACGAACUGGACGGAACUACCCCCCCCCCUCCUUCCUUUCUUCCCACCCAGACACAUUCCCCCCCUCUUGCCCCCUGCGAAAUACCAGAGCAUCAUCAUUGACUGAAUCAUCCCCACCGCACCCAUAGCGACAAGGGAAAACAUAUUUGGGAACGAUCAACGAACACGAACUGGUACUUACAUCCAGACCGGCCCGGGAAGACACCCCAAAGCCAAAACAUGCGAACACCUGAAGGAACCCUGGACAGGCCCAGCAUUAACACGGCUAAUACAGUAUCCACACGCCCAAGGUAAGGGUACCCUUUACCCGCAAUACCACCAUUCCCCUGGUUAAACACGGGAAACACCGAUAGUAAUAACGGGGGUAAACACAAGCCCACCACGGUCGAUGACACAUAGCUAAGAACACAGGACCCGAUGAGACGCCGUGGACAGGGACCAUAGGGGUGGCCUACAAACACUGACACCUAAUCAAAGAAUGAUUAAUCUGGUUCAAGGACGAUUACAAAGCAUUAUUUUCACUCAGUUCAUGAAAACGUUACUUAAUUUAUAGUCCCAAACAAAUGUAGAUACCAGAAAAUGGGGACCUGCGAGUCCUUCUGUGAUGGGGCCUGCGAGCCUAAUUUGUUACCUUUUAUAAUAACAUGCAAUGGAGACCUGCGCGUCUCACCGCAAAUUUAAAUACACAAAAUGAAUAAAAAUCAUAUUCACAAAAAAAAAAAAAAAAAGAUCUUUCUGAAUCAGGAUUACUGGUUUACUGGUUUAUUUUUCAGUGAUAAACUCGUAAAUCUUAUAAAUCGUAUCGACGUUUCAGCCAAUCUCACUUUUUUCAAGACUGUCUUGAAAAAAGUCUGGGAUCAGACUAAAAUGUAGAUUUGAUUUUUAUGUGUAUAUUUAUGUAUUAAUUUUACAUAAUUAUGUAAUUUUAUUCAUUAUAAGUUGAUGGACCUGACUGAUAACCCUGGGAGAAAGUCCAGAGAAUUUAAUUUGCAGACCUUUUCACCGAUGAUAUCAUCGCCAUUAUACUUUUUACUGCUCUAAAACACUUAUGUUUGUGAUCAGCGUUGUCUCACGAGUACAAUAGUACAAGUUUUGUGGGGUUUUGUAACUAUACAAGAGUUCUGAGGAGUGCUCUGAUUGCUGUUUGUGCCACUGUGCUAUGUGCAGUGGAGGUGUCUGCUAUUGGGUCCAAAGGUAGGUUAAGGUCUCCGCCAAGGAUAAGGAUACCUUCUGUGAAAGUUGCUAGUUUCAGGAGCGUUCUGCGCAGGAACUUAACCUGGUUCGUAUUUGGGGCGUAAAUUGAGGCGAACGUAUAGGUUUUCCGGGAGAUUGUUCCCUUCACGAAUAUGUAUCUUCCGUCUGUGUCUUUGAGCGUUUCAGAGUGGGAGAAUUGUAGAUUGGUGCUUAGGAGAAUCGAGACUCCAGCUUUUCGUGUGGUUUGGUGGCUACCAUGGUAGGUGGUAUUGUAGUGUUUGUUUUGUAUUCUAUGGGUGUCGGUGUCCCUGAGGUGCGUUUCCUGUAGAAGGGCAAAUGAUACUCGGCGGCCUUUUAAGUCUUGUAGGAGGUGAGACCUUUUUUCGGGUGCGUUCCGACCUCUGCAGUUUUGUGUUAUUAUAUGGAAUGGUGCGGGUGUGCAUGCCAUUUGGUGUGGGUGGGUUGUGUUAUUCUGUAUGGGCGGGGAUGGGGGCCCAGGUAUGGGUUAAAGGCGAGGGUGGGUAGUAGAGGGUGUUUUAGGGUUUGGUAGGGAUGUAGAGAGGGUUACCUCGGAGCUCCCGUGGCCGCGUCCCACGCCCGCCUUCCCCCCCGUCUCCUGUUCCCUGGGGGUCUCUUGUGGGUUGUGCAGUUAGAUAGUGCUUGUUAUGGGCUUGUGUGCUGUUGCCUGUUUUGUUUCGUGGGUGUCUGGGGUAUUAGUCCCUGUAGGGAUAAGGUACCUGUGUAACCGAGUUGGAUGGCAAUGCCGAACCGCCACUUAGUGUUAAUUAGGGCAGCAAGGCAGUGUUCCCCUCCGUGGUCUGUGUCUACACAGGUGUAGGUCAGGGUCGUGGUCUCGCGUUUCUAUCAUAUACCACCGGAGUUGUGGUGGCGUGUUUGAGUGGAGGGGUUGGUCCAAGUGUACCCGUCUUGUGGGCUAUCCGUCUCAUUGGUGAUUGGUUGCAUGUUGAACGCUAAGGCUCAGUGUGGCGGUCUUGAGGGUUUAGUAUGGGCGCGGGUGAGCAGUCCGUAUGGCGGUGUCCCACUUUAAUGGUAAUAGUGAUUCGGAGUGCAGCUUUUGGGUGGGGUCGUCUGGCCUUAGUGAUUGUUUGGGGGUGGUCCAGUCUUGGGAUGUUGCGUGGGCCCCCCUGAGCGUGCGGUCUUUUUGCUGGUUGUACCUGGGUGUGUAGGUUUGGUGUUUCUGCGGUAAUAGUGUCCCGUCUCCAAAGUCACUCCCCUUCUUUAUGUUGCAUUGGGUCUCGUAACCGCGAUGUCCCCUCUUGUAAGAGUUUCCCCUUCCCCCACUUGUGGUUCCCAUCCUUGCCAGUCCCCUGCUCCCUCCGUCUUCCCCUCACCACCCUAGUCCAUUCCGUCCUUAGGUGCUUCAGCAGUGGUCGGUCCCCUGAGCUUCCCCCCCAUGUUUUGUCAUUACUUUUUGCUCUCAUAGGGGAUCCUAGGGUGGGGGUCUGGGAGUUUGCUUCGUCCUACGGGAGUGUGCUCGUGUGGGGGGCGUGGGGUGUCUUCACUGGAUAUUAUUAGUAAGGUUGACAUGGGGGUCAGAUAUUGUUACAUGCUUGAAGGGACUGUUGCCAACGGUGGGGGGGCACAGCCCCCUGCUGCCCGUAGAGCUAUUUUCGGUCACCGUACCCCGCCGCUCACUUUAUUCCAGGCAGCGUGAUGCUAUGACAGCUGGCCUAUUGGCCUGCACAACACAUUUUGGUUACAAAUUAAGUUAUCAGUACACAUAUGUCGGCAUACCGGGGAGGCCCAGUUGCCGCUAGACCCACCCCCUCCCCAGGCGCCAGGUGGGGGCGAGGGGCACACUUCAUUGCUGCCUGUGGAACCGGUUUCAGUCACCACAGCGCGCCGUAUAUGUUAUCGUGGGCAAUGUGGUAUCACGUCAACCGGAUUAUGGAGUUGCGAGAUAAAUUUCAGUUACUUGUCGAGUCAUCAGUACCCAUACAUCGACAGACUAGGGGUUUUGGCUGGCCUAUUAGCGGUGUGUUGUCGCCAUCCUAGUGUCCUGGGGUUCAGCAGUGGGAGUGCAUGGGAUCUUUGUGUAUUCCCCUAAUGUGUGUCUGAGCAAAUCAUGUAAACUUCAAACCUUAGAACUUUAAACCAUUAAAACCAUUAAAACAUCAGAGCAUUAGCUACUUUAGUCCUUGACCCAGUUUCCUCCGGUGUGAGCAGGGUUCAUGUCUUGCGCCUUCCCGCCCUACCGAUAGUCCCCCCACCCCAAAUGCAGCCUAGUUCUUUUAAAUUCGGGAGGCUUAUAUCGCAGUCUUUAACCCCUAUCUUUAAGCCCCUUGCUCGGUGCAUGCGGUGUAGUUAGUGUAUAGUGUAUCACUUAUCUGGGUUCUUGGCGGUAGUUGCAGCUGUCUGGUAUCCAGUUGUUUCCCGGGCAUGUAGGGUUGUCUGCAGUCUCUCAAGGGGGGGUGGUUGUAUCGGGGGGGGGGCUCCCAUCUGACUCUACUCCUCGGGUUCCGCCGGGUCCUGGCGUCUGCGGACAUUGGGGCGUCUUGGCUGCUCCUCCACACGGUGACGCUGUUGUUGUGGCGUGUGGGGUCCAGGUCUCUGCUCUAAAGGUCCAAGGAUCCAGUUUUGUAACUAUACAAAACCCCAUAAAACUUGUACUAUUGUACUCGUGAGACAACGCUGAUCACAAACAUAAGUGUUUUAGAGCAGUAAAAAGUAUAAUGGCGAUGAUAUCAUCGGUGAAAAGGCAGGUUUUUUGUGAAAAAUUUAAAAAACUAAUAUGAACACUAACUUUGGACAGGGUUUGAGACUACUAAAAAAGACUGGAUACUAGACAUAUGCAAUUCGUUUCGUUACGAAUGUACAUUCAGACGAAUUUUGUGCAAUUUGGUCAUUCGGAUGCUUACGAAUGUCCGAAGUGCCGAAGUUCGGUAGUUCGGAAGUGCCGAACCGAAUUGUCGAAGUGCCGAAGUGCUUCAGAUUUCUGAAAAGUGGCAAAACAAGAGAGGGAGGGAAAAUUAUGUGAAUGAUGACAGGAAUCUUGACCAAUAAGCUAAUUUCUGGCACUGGGAGCCCUAUAGAUGUGUAAGUGGUUGUGGUGGCAGUCCGGGCACUGGGAGCCGGAUAGAUGUGUAAGUGGUUGUGGUGGCAAUCCUGGCACUGGGAGCACUACAAAUGUGUAAGUUGUUGUGGUGGCAGUCCUGGCACUGGGACUGCCACCACAACCACUUACACAUCUGUAGGCUCCCAUUGCUUGGACUGCCAUCACAACCACUUACACAUCUAUAGGGCUCCCACCUCCCAGUGCUAGGAGUGCCACCACAACCACUUACACAUUUAUAGGGCUCCUGCCUCCCAGUGCCAAGACUGCCACCACAACCACUUACACAUCUAUAGGGCUCCCAGUGCUCAGACUGCAACCACAACCACUUACACAUCUGUAGGGCUCCCAGUGCCAGGACUGCCACCACAACCACUUACACAUCUAUAGGGCUCCACAUCCUGGACUGCCACCACAACCACUUACUAGACAUGUGCAAUUCGUUUCAUGCAAUUCGUACAUUCGGAUGCUUAUUAAGUGCCACAGUGCCGAAUUACUGAAGUUCUGAACUGCCGAAGUUCCGAAUUGCCAAAGUUCGGUAGUUCGGAAGUGCCGAACCGAAUGCCAUUGGUCCAAAUUGCCAAAGCAGACAAAUUGUUUUACUUACCCAAAUUUCCGAACCAAAUUUUUUGCUCAUGCACAUCCCUACUGGAUACUCCAUUUUAAAUUCCCUGUGUUGUCUACAUAGAAACACAGAAUGAUGGCAGAUAAGUUCCAUUCGGCACAUCUAGUCUGCCCAAUUUUCUAAAUACUUUCAUUAGUUCCUGACCUUAUCUUAAGUCUAGGAUAGCCUUAUGCCUAUCCCAUGCAUGCUUAAACUCCUUCAAUGUGUUAACCUCUACCACUUCAGCUGGAAGGCUAUUCCAUGCAUCCACAUGCAUCUACUUUUGCAAAUGGUAUGGUUUAAUGUGGUAAUUUUCAUUCCUGGGCUGCCAAACGGUCUCUAAUGCAACAUAGGCCCAACAAACCAAUUUGCCAAAUUUCAAUGUGUAAAAACUGAAAUGGACAAACUUUUUAUUUAAUCCUGUAACUUUUAAAAACACCAUGUAACCUAUACAUGAGGGGCAUCGUUGUGCCUGUGGGAAAUCACAGCAUAUAAAUGUGUUUUUUUGCAAUAAAAGUCAGAAAUCUCAAAAUCCAAAAACUGAUUUCAUGGAGGUGGCUUCACCAGGUACUGUGCCCCUCCACGCCGCAACAUACACACAGCCACCAAACAUGUAUGAAUAAGGACAUGACACUUUAUUAUGACAGAACACAACUAUUUAUUUAACAACAUAUUGCUACUAUUUACACACACCAUUAACACACAGACACAUGCACACAGAUAUACAAACUGACACACAGAUACACACACUGGCACAUCCACAUACUCAGAUAUAAACGUAGUGGCACAUAUACACACACACUCAGAUACACACACUGGCAUAUACACACACUCAGAUACACACACUGGCACAUCCACACACAAAUAAAAGCACUGGCAGAUACACUCACAGAUAAACGUACUGGCACAUACACACACACACUCUGAUACACACACUCGCAUAUACACAUACUCAGAUACACACACUGGCACAUACACACACUGGCAUAAAAACACACACACACACACUCUGAUACACAAACUGGCACAUACACACACACUCAGAUAAACAAACUGGCAAAAACACACACAAACACACACUCAGAUACACACACUGCCACAUACACACACACUCAGAUUCACACACAGUCACUCAGAAAAACACACCAACAUACAAUCUGACAUACACACACUCAGAUACACACUGACACACAGAUACACACAUUGGCACAUGCACACAGAUAUACAUUGACACACAGAUUUACAAACUGAAACACAUACACAGAUACACACACUGGCAGUCAGGAUUCUGUUUGUCUGACUGAAUCUGUAUCAUUUGUUUGGAAGCGUUUAGUAAUAUCCAUAUGCAAGCCAACAUAAAGCACAGGAAUUAUUUAUCAAAGACCGCAUAGCGACUAAAAAUAAACCAAAUGCUUCCGACAGAAUGCACAUUCGCAAAUUUUUAUUCACUUGCUUUUUGCAAGUGAAUUCAUCACUUUUAUUGCUGCCAGCAGAGUGUAAAAACUUUCACCAGCGUGAGAGUUAAAGGACCACUAUAGUGCCAGGAAAACAUACUUGUUUUCCUGGCACUAUAGUGCCCUGAGGGUGCCCUUGUACAUAUUUUUUGUUAUAUACUAAACGCUGAGGAUUGCACCCAGGCAAGGAUAGAUUGUUUUUGAAUAUUAAAGGGUGAGUGCCAAGGUUCUCUGUUUUGUUAUAUUUAUAUAUAUAUAUAUAUAUAUAUAUAUAUACGUCAUACUAAGUGUAUUUUUUAUUAAUAUAUACAUAUAUUAAUAUUAAAAUACACUUAGAGUAAAAUAACACACUUAUGUAUAUUAUAUAUAAUAACUAUAUAUAUUGUGUGUGUGUGUAUAUAUAUAUAUAUAUAUAUAAAUAAAAAUAAAUAAUUAAAAACAAAAUGUAAAAAUAAUAAUAAUUUUUUUAAAUAUAUGUAAUUUGUUCUAACUGUAUUUUGAUAUUAAAAUAUAUAUAUAUGUGUGUAUAUAUAUAUAUAUAUAUCUCAAAAUAUUUUUUAUAUUUUUUUAAUUCUUUAUUUUAUUCGUGCAUAGAGGUAACAAGCAGUUUUGCACUGUCACGACAGCGGGUGCAAACAUAAAAGAAACAUGCAGUAACAGUAAUGUGGCAUAAGGAACAUUGCACAUUUUUUAUAUAAACAAAAUUAAGUCACUACAAUUGUUAUGUGAUUGUCAGAUUACAGGCUAUGCAUGUCAACAUCCAGUACAGGUUUUUAACUGCUUAAUUAGAUUUAACCAUGCUUAAUAAAAUUUUACCCUUUCUCAUCAUGCGGGGCAUUUGAGUAUCAGGCACAAUUUUAUUAUAACAUAAACAGGUUUAACAGUGUAGCUUUGUCUGUAAGUAUGUAUUUAUGUUGUGAACAAGCUUGGUCAGAACGUGGGUUAAGUUGGUAGCUCACGGUUAAUACAGGUAUACAUUGCUAUGCAGGUAGAUUGUGCAUAUUUUUAUGGUUAAUAUGCUAGGCUAGUGUGAUUUUAUUAGACACUGAUGUGUAGGAUCUAUGUAUAAGAAGCUGGUGAAGCGUCAGCGUUUAUAAGACUGAUAUAGCUAUAGAAGAGAGAAUUUUCGUUGCUAGCUAUACAGGGAGUGCAGAAUUAUUAGGCAAGUUGUAUUUUUGAGGAUUAAUUUUAUUAUUGAACAACAACCAUGUUCUCAAUGAACCCAAAAAACUCAUUAAUAUCAAAGCUGAAUAUUUUUGGAAGUAGUUUUUAGUUUGUUUUUAGUUAUAGCUAUGUUAGGGGGAUAUCUGUGUGUGCAGGUGACUAUUACUGUGCAUAAUUAUUAGGCAACUUAACAAAAAACAAAUAUAUACCCAUUUCAAUUAUUUAUUAUUACCAGUGAAACCAAUAUAACAUCUCAACAUUCACAAAUAUACAUUUCUGACAUUCAAAAACAAAACAAAAACAAAUCAGUGACCAAUAUAGCCACCUUUCUUUGCAAGGACACUCAAAAGCCUGCCAUCCAUGGAUUCUGUCAGUGUUUUCAUCUGUUCACCAUCAACAUUGCGUGCAGCAGCAACCACAGCCUCCCAGACACUGUUCAGAGAGGUGUACUGUUUUCCCUCCUUGUAAAUCUCACAUUUGAUGAUGGACCACAGGUUCUCAAUGGGGUUCAGAUCAGGUGAACAAGGAGGCCAUGUCAUUAGAUUUUCUUCUUUUAUACCCUUUCUUGCCAGCCACGCUGUGGAGUACUUGGACGCGUGUGAUGGAGCAUUGUCCUGCAUGAAAAUCAUGUUUUUCUUGAAGGAUGCAGACUUCUUCCUGUACCACUGCUUGAAGAAGGUGUCUUCCAGGAACUGGCAGUAGGACUGGGAGUUGAGCUUGACUCCAUCCUCAACCCGAAAAGGCCCCACAAGCUCAUCUUUGAUGAUACCAGCCCAAACCAGUACUCCACCUCCACCUUGCUGGCGUCUGAGUCGGACUGGAGCUCUCUGCCCUUUACCAAUCCAGCCACGGGCCCAUCCAUCUGGCCCAUCAAGACUCACUCUCAUUUCAUCAGUCCAUAAAACCUUAGAAAAAUCAGUCUUGAGAUAUUUCUUGGCCCAGUCUUGACGUUUCAGCUUGUGUGUCUUGUUCAGUGGUGGUCGUCUUUCAGCCUUUCUUACCUUGGCCAUGUCUCUGAGUAUUGCACACCUUGUGCUUUUGGGCACUCCAGUGAUGUUGCAUCUCUGAAAUAUGGCCAAACUGGUGACAAGUGGCAUCGUGGCAGCUGCACGCUUGACUUUUCUCAGUUCAUGGGCAGUUAUUUUGCGCCUUGGUUUUUCCACAUGCUUCUUGCGACCAUGUUGACUAUUUUGAAUGAAACGCUUGAUUGUUCGAUGAUCACGCUUCAGAAGCUUUGCAAUUUUAAGAGUGCUGCAUCCCUCUGCAAGAUAUCUCACUAUUUUUGACUUUUCUGAGCCUGUCAAGUCCUUCUUUUGACCCAUUUUGCCAAAGGAAAGGAAGUUGCCUAAUAAUUAUGCACACCUGAUAUAGGGUGUUGAUGUCAUUAGACCACACCCCUUCUCAUUACAGAGAUGCACAUCACCUAAUAUGCUUAAUUGGUAGUAGGCUUUCGAGCCUAUACAGCUUGGAGUAAGACCACAUGCAUAAAGAGGAUGAUGUGGUCAAAAUACUCAUUUGCCUAAUAAUUCUGCACUCCCUGUAGUGUGAGUAAGCCUGUGUGUACAAUGGGCUAUUUACAUUUAGCAGUGUCCAUGUGGGGUUGUCAGGGCUCGGACCGUUGUCAGGCUUCAGGAGGUGGGCUGAUGAAUGUGUUGUGCGCCUUCCUAAGCCUAUGCCCCGUGCUUGCCUCAGUGGAGAGUCCGUUUCCAGGUCUGUUUUGCCAGUGCCUCUUUCCGGUAUGCGGGAACGUGGCUUGCCCUGUUCGCGUUGCGAGCUCUGUGUGCAGCAUGACAGGUCUCUGUCUCUUCGGCUCCGGGCUUUGUAGGGAGCUAGUGCCCUCUGUCCGUGGAUCCCCCUCCAUCGGGAGGCCGGAUCGUGGGUCCCCGGGGUUUCCGGCUUGCGGUCUUCCCUGUGGGUGGUUGGACUGCGGCCUGGAGUUUCCUCCAGUUGGGCCCCCGGCCUAGAAGAGGGACAGGCGUCCGCUGCUGUGUGGUAGGUAGGCUCAGUUUCGGUAGGGGCAGGCCGGAGUCCCCGCUUGGCUAUGCGGUCCCAGAAGGCUUGGCAAAUAGCCUCAAACCGGGCGUCAAAGGCCUCUCCCCAGCUUUGGUCCGUCUGGCUUACUGGGCUGUGCUGGGGUUGCGCUGUGGCGGCCAUCUUGAGGGUGCCUCGUGGCUCCCCCAGGUUUUCCGGUCAGGCCCCACCGGUCCAAGGGCGGGGGGUAGGAGUUAGGAGGUACGCUGAGCCUGUGUUCUAGUUCUCUAGCGAGGAAAGCAGCCGCCUCUCCUCGGUUCGAUCCCCAGUAGGCCUUAGCAGGUUUUUAGGGUUCCCGGCUAUUGUUAGGCGAGAUUCGGGUGUCAGUCGGUUCCUCCGGGUGUCCCCUCCUCAUUUAGCAUCCUCCUGAUAGUAGACGUGCCGGUUUUUGGGGGUUCCUACCCUCAAAUAAGCAGUUUUGGUCAGGAGCAUGGUUCCUGUAAGUCUGAUCAGCCUGGAAGCCAGGCUCCGCCCCCCCCUAUAUAUAUCAAAAUACACUUAGAAUGAAAUAUAUAUAUAUAUAUAUAUAUAUAUCUAUGUAUAUAUAAAUAAAUAAAAAUAAUACAAAAUAAACUUAUGUCCAUAUACAUAAUUAAAUAAAUAAUUUCAUAAAUAGACAUGUAGACUUCAAAUAUAUGAAUAUGUAUAUAUAUUUAAAUUCUACAUGCAUAUUUAUGUAAUAUUUUUACAUAAUAAAGUAAUUUUAUUGAUUGCAAUUGGGGGGACCUGCCUGACAACCCAGGCCAAAAGUCCAGAGAAUUUAAUUUUCUAGCACUAUAUUUAGCCCUGUAACUUUCCAUGACACCCUAAAACCUGUACAUGGGGGGUACUGUUUUACUUGGAAGACUUCGCUGAACACAAAUAUUAGUGUUUCAAAACAGUAAAACAUAUCACAGUGAUGAUAUUGUCAGUGAAAGUGAAUUUGUUUGCAUUUUUCACACACAACUGGCACUUUCACUGAUGAUAUCAUUGUUGUUAUACAUUUGACUAUUUUGAAACACUAAUAUUUGUGUUCAGCGAAGUCUCCCGAGUAUAACAGUACGGCUCGCAAGACUUCGACAGAGCAGAGCAUCUGGGCAGUAUAUUUCAAGUGUGCUGGGCCCCCUGCAGCAUACAGGUAGCGGGAGGGCUGCACCAUGCCACAGGACCCCUGGCUCCAGACCCCCUGGCUCCAGACAAUGUGAUCUCCCCCCUCCAUGGCCACAGGUGAGACACAGGGAGGGGGGAAUAAAACAAGACAAUUAAUGGAUGGAGAAAAAAAACUGUAUGCUUUUCUCCCCUCAUUUUGCAUACAUUUGCAUAUAUUUACAUACACUAACAUUUGCACAAUCUAUACACUAACAUUUACACACUCUAUACACUAACAUUUACACACACUAUACACUAACAUUUGCACAAUCUAUACACUAACAUUUACACACACUAUACACUAACAUUUACACACACUAUACACUAACAUUUGCACAAUCUAUACACUAACAUUUACACACUCUAUACACUAACAUUUACACACACUAUACACUAACAUUUACACACACUAUUCACUAACAUUUACACACACUAUUCACUAACAUGUAUACAAACUAUACACUAACAUAUACACACUAUUCACUAAAAUUUACACACACUAUUCACUAACAUUUACACACACUAUUCACUAACAUUUACACACACUAUUCACUAACAUGUAUACAAAAUAUACACUAACAUAUACACACUAUUCACUAAAAUUUACACACACUAUUCACUAACAUUUAUACAAACUAUACACUAACAUAUACACACACUAUUCACUAAAAUUUAUACACACUACAUCCUUACACAAACCUACACUCUGCAGUCACUAAACACACUACAUCCUUACACAAACACACACUCUGGAGUCACUACACACACUACUUCCCAACACAAACACACUCUGCAGUACCUACACAAACACACACACUUUGCAGUCACUACACACACUACAUCCACUACACUAACACAGUCUGCAGUCACUAUACACACAUUAAAUACUUACACAAACACACACUAUGUAGUCACUAUACACACACACUACAUCGACUACACAAAGACACACUCUGCGUCCACACACUGUAUUCACUAAACACUACACCCACUACACAUACUCUGCAUUCACUACACACACACACUACAUCCACUACACAAACACACAUUCUGCAUUCACUAUACACAUCACAUUUAAUGCACACAAACACACAUACACACUCUGCAUUCACUAUAAACACACACUACAUCCACUACAAAAACACACACUCUGCAUCUAAUAUAUACCUCAUACAUUACACAAAUGUACAAUCUGCAUCCACUAUACACACUGCAUCCGUUAAACACACACCGCAUCCACUUUACACACGAACUCUGCAUCCACUGCACACAUUCUACAUCCACUAUACACACACCAGAAUCAGUACAGACACUGCAUCCCUGUGGGCGGAUUCAGGGGGGGGCAGAACUUUGGGUGGACUCGGGUGCAGGCACCGGGGGGCCCAGACCUUGAGCUGUGUCAGGGGCUCCAAAAUUUCUGAUGGCAGCCCUGUUGAGAGCCUAUGGCAGCCCAGGAAUGAUAAUUACCCCCAUGAUGGCAUACCAUUUGCAAAAGAAGACAAGCCAAGGUAUUGCAAAUGGGGUAUGUUCAGUCCUUUUUUAGUAGCCAUUUAGUCACAAACACUGGCCAAAGUUAGUGUUCAUAUUAGUUUUAUGCAUUUUUAACACACAAACAAAUACAAAUGCUAACUUUGGCCAGUGUUUGUGACUAAGUGGCAACUAAAAAAGACUGGACAUACCCUAUAUUGAAUACCCUGGGUUGUCUACUUUAAAAAAAAAAAAAAAAUGUACAUGUGAGGUUUGAUUCAGAGAUUUAUGACAGAUAACAGUGUUACAAUGUCAUUAUUGAUACAUUUAAAAAAUAUAUAUUUUGAAACAGCAAUGUCCUACUUGUACUUAUAGCCCUACAACUUUAAAAAAAAAAAAGCUAACAACAUUUUAACAUUUGGGUAUUUCUAAACUCAGGACAAAAUUUAGAAACUACUUAGCACAGGCUGGUUUGGUGGUUGAAGAUGCAGAACAGAUUUUGGGGGUCAAAGUUAGAAAAAGUUUUUUUUUUUUUGUUUUUUUUCAUCAUAUUUUAUAAUUUUUUUUAUAGUAAAUUAUAUGAUGUGAUGAAAAUAAUGGUAUCUUUAGAAAUACUGUUUAAUGGUGAGAAAAAAAGUAUAUAAUAUGUGUGGGUACAGUAAAUGAGUAAGAAGAAAAUUACAGCUAAACACAAACACUGCAGAAAUGUAAAAACUGCCCUGGUCCUUAACGGUAAGAAGAUUGAAAAAUGGUCUGGUCACUAAGGGGUUAAUCUGUGUCCAGAUCUGAUGCCCCCAGGCUCAGAUGUAAUUAAUUUGCUUCGGAUUUCAACUGUCUGACGAUGUUUGGUGUGGUUGUAAUUUGGGCCAAGAUCAAGCCCAUUUGGUGCCUGAUUUACAAAACCUGGACGUUGUUACAUAACUACAUAGUGACAUAGCUGAACAGAGAUGUACGUCUACCAAGUUCAGCCUUUUCAUAUUUGUUUUUGCUGUUGAUCGAAAAGAAGACAAAAAAGCCACUUCCAAUUUUGCAACAAACUAGGAAAAAAAUUCCUUCUUGACCCCAGAAUGGCAGUCAGAUAUCUACUUGGAUCAAGCAACUAUUACCCCACUAAUCAAAAAUUAUAUCCCUGUAUGUUAUGUUUUUGCAAGUAUUUAAACAAUUGCAGUUUAAACAUCUGUGUAGACUCUGAUAAAACCAUAUCUUCGGGCAAAGCAUUCCACAUCCUUAUUGUUCUUAAUGUAAAAAAUCCUUUCCUUUGCCUUAGACUAAAUCUCCUUUCUGUCAUAUUCUAUAUGUGUGACCUUGUGUCCUAUGUAUAUCCUGUUUAUGAAUAGACUCCCAGACAAUGGUUUAUAUUGGCCCAGAAUAUAUUUGUAUAAUGCUUUCAUGUAUCCUCAAAGCAGGGCCGCCAUCAGGGCAUGACAACCAUAAAGGUUGUCAUGGGCCCGGCGGUCCUGGGGGGCCCGGACUGCUCAGGGCGUCCCGGGCCCCACAUUAGCUAUGUGCACACAUAUAUAGCGAUUAACGCUAUAUAUGUGUGCACUGCGGGCCCUUCGCUACCUGUAUUCUGCAGGCGGCCCAGCACACUUUAAAUAUACUGCCCAGCUACUCUGCUCUGUCGAAGUCUCGCGUGCGACGUGGUCGUCAGAGCGUUGCCAUGGCAACGCUCCGCACAACUCGCGAGACUUCGACAGAGCAGAGCAUCUGGGCAGUAUAUUUCAAGUGUGCUGGGCCCCCUGCAGAAUACAGGUAGCGGGAGGGCUGCACCAUGCCACAGGAACCCCUGGCACCAGGGCUCCAGACAAUGUGAUCUCCCCUCUCCAUGGCCACCGGUGAGACACAGGGAGGGGGGGAAUAAAACAAGACAAUUAAUGGAUGGAGAAAAAAAACUGUAGGCUUUUCUCCCCACAUUUUGCAGCCCCAUACAUUUACACACACUAUACACUAACAUUUACACACACGAUACACUAACAUUUACACACUCUGUACACUAACAUUUACACACACUAUACAGUAACAUUUACACACACUAUUCACUAACAUUUAUACUAGCUAUACACUAAAAUUUACACACAUUAUUCACUAAAAUUUACACACUAUUUACUAACAUUUAUACAAACUAUACACUAACAUAUACACACACUAUUCACUAAAAUUUACACACACUACAUCCUUACACAAACAUACACUCUGCAGUCACUAAACACACUUCAUCCUUACACAAACACACACUCUGGAGUCACUAAACACACUACAUCCUUACACAAACACACACUCUGGAGUCACUACACAAACACACACACACACUCUGCAGUCACUACACACACUACAUCCUUACACAAACACACACUCUGCAGUCACUACACACUACUUCCUAACACAAACACACUCUGCAGUACCGACACAAACACACACACCUUGCAGUCACUACACGCACUACACAGUCUGCAGUCACUAUACACACAUUAAAUACUUACACAAACACACACUAUGUAGUCACUAUACACACUCAUCGACUACACAAAGACAUACUCUGCAUCCACACACUGUAUUCACUAAACACUACAUCCACUACACACACUCUGCAUUCACUACACUCACACACUACAUCCACUACACAAACACACACUCUGCAUUCACUAUACACAUCACAUUUAAUGCACACAAACACUACAUCCACUACACAAACACAUAUACACACUACAUCCACUACACAAACACAUAUACACACUCUGCAUUCACUAUAAACACACACUACAUCCACUACACAAACACACACUCUGCAUCUAAUAUACACCUCAUACAUUACACAAAUGUACAAUCUGCAUCCACAGGCCGACCUUGCGCUGUGUCAGGGGCCCCAAAAUUUCUGAUGGCAGCCCUGCCUCAAAGGCACCGUUUUUCCAAACUAAACAGAUUAAAAUUGUUAAUGUUUCUUCAUAACUAAAAUGCUCCAUUCCUUUUAUUAAUUGCAGACAAAAUAUAAUAUACUGUUUAGUUUAUGCCCUGACUUGCCAAGUUCUGGGUAUUCUAUACUUCAUGUCUUUGCCUUACCAUUUUCUUAUUCUCGCUUCUUGACCGGUAGUUUUAUUUACUAAAGUGAGAAUUCAUAGUGAAUUUCAAAUUUAAGGCCAGAGUAGGUGAACUGAGCAUAGCUGACCUUUUUAUUCCUGUUUGGCUACAAUCACCUUAAAUUUGACAUUAAUUUUGAAUUUACCUUGAAUUCUCACUUUAUAAAUAGCCCUGUUAUUUUUUUUCCAGACCAUUAAUUUUGUUUUUUGUAGGUUGUCUUUACAAUCCCCAAUUCCAUUAGAUCUUUGUCCUUCACUGUCUCUCAUCUAAUCAAGAUAAAAUGUCCCACAUACAGUUCCAUUUUGCAAAACAAAGUACUUGCAUGAUGGACUACACUUAGAAGCCUAGACUGGCUUUAAAAAAAUUCAACUCUUAUUUGUGCUGUUUCAAAUUCAACCUCAAAUACAGAUGCAGACACAGAUAUAACGAAUUACAGGCUGCCAAUAGCAUUCGGCUGUCUGACGCCUUUCAUGCCAUAUGGACUUAGUCAUAGACUGGCUAGAAUUUUUAGGGCACCUUCAUGAACCAAUAUCUAAUUAGUAAGAAUGACUAAUAAUGGGGUUUUUAAAAAAUUGGAAAAUCUAGGGUGUACAAAGCUAAUGAUCACAUAUAUAUAUAUAAUCUCAUAUCAAGAUUCUAAGAUAAUUAUUUUGUUCUGGUAGCAAUUGGGCAAGUAGAUGACCUGUACUUGUACUAUGACUUUAAUGAAGUAUUGGUGACUGCACAAAUAUAUAAAUAAACAUAAAGAGAGGGCAAUCUAAAUAAUAUUUUCAGAAAUCAUACAAUUUAGUUGCUAUAUAUACUUUUAAUAUCACAAAAAGUGAUUUACAAAGAAAGAAAAAUAACAAAAGACAAAAGAAAAUGUUUGCUAUUUGGGAGCUGUUUGCAAUAAAGUUACACUAUUGCAGUUGACGUUGUGGUGUUAAUUUCUGCAAGAAAUCAAAAAUAUUUUGAAUGGUCCCAAACAGCAGCGAAUGGUUUUACUUCAUUCGGCAUUUGAACUUUAGUGGAUAACCCUGAUAUUGAGUAACAAUGGAAUACAGUGAGAAAGGUAGUUGACAUCACAGUCUUUAUUGCAGCAAGAAAUUGAAAAUAAUAAUUCAGUGCAUAAAUAGUGUAAGGAGAAAUAUAAAAUAAUGCAUAUUUAGAGUCGGGCAUAAUAUAGUAAUUACUGAUACUAAGUUACAAUGGCUCUAUGUAUCAGAAAAAAAGUCAGGUCUAACCCAACACUACGCUGGUAAAGUUUAAGGAGCUGAUUAGACCCAGGAUUUUGACCAUAUCGGUGUUAUACCCAUUAAAAGAUAUAUUGUGCUAAAGACACAGAUUGAUUGGUUAAACAAUGUCUAGUUUAAAGUUAUUAGAUAGAUUUUUGGAAAUUACGUGUAUAGUAUAAACUUCAAGACCCCUAGCAACUAAAAUUUAAAGGGGCACUAUAGUCACCAAAAAAUGUUACUUAAUGAAGCAGUCUUUGUGUAUAGAUCAUGUCUUUGAUGUUUCACUGCUCAGUUUACUGCCAUUUAGGACUUAAAUAACUUUUGUUUCUUUUUAUGCAGCCCUAGACACACCUCCCCUGUCUGUGACUGACACAGCCUGCAUGAAAACAAAAUGGUUUCAAAUAGACACCUGUAACUAGGGAUUACUUAGUAUUAGUAAAUUCUGCCCCUACUCGCUAUACUCGCUAUGUAACUUACUUUAAAAGUUUUAAUCUUCUGAUCUGUAAAUUGAGAUUUAAUUACAUACAGGAGGCUCCUGCGGGUUCUAGCAAGCUAAUAACAGAGCAGGAGAUAAGACAUUCUAAAUUAAACAGAAUUUGCAAUAAAGGAAUUAUAAACAUUAGAUGACUCUUUACAGGAAGUAUUUAGGAAGGCUGUGUAAGUCACAUGCAGGGAGUUGUGCCCAGGGCUGCAGAAACAAAGUGAUUUUACUCUAAAAUGGUAGGUAAUUGAGCAGUGAGACUGCAGGGGCAUGUUCUAUACACCAAAACCACUUCAUUAAGCUAAAGUUGUUUUGGUGACUAUAAUGUCCUUUUAAUACAUUGUUAAGUAAUUUUAGGAGCCCGGCGGGUGGGGGCUCUAAAGUAAAAUAGGGGGGGGACCUAUUGUCCUCCCCCCGGCCCCACCCCCGAGCGGCGGAUGGGGGCCCUAAAUUAGAAUAAGGGGGGACCUAUUGUCCUCCCCCUUGUCCCCACACCUGAGCGGCUGGUGGGGGCCCUAAAUACCAAUAAGGGGGGGGACCUAUUGACCUACUAGGCAAAAAUGACAUAAUUCUAUACUUGCUAUACUGCGAGUAGGGGCAUGUCUAGUAAACAUCAGCCUGUGGCAAAAGGUCCCCCCUUCAGUUUAAAAGCCCCCACUCGCGCGGCACGGGUGGGGGCUCGGGAGGGGGGACACUUUUUUGUUGUUGUUUUUUUAACACUGUUUACUAGACAUGCCCCUACUCGCUGUAUAGCGAGUAGGGGCAGAAUGUACUAAUACUAAGUAAUCCCUAGUUACAGGUGUCUAUUUAUUCUGUAUUUCAUAUUCUUCCUUGUCGUCAAGUAUCACAGGAAAUGGAGGAAGGGUUAACAUAGUAUAACGAUUGCAGAGAUGUGGUCACAACAAGGAAAUAUGAAAUACAUUAGGAAUUCUGAAAUUUCAAGGAUAUUAGGUCCCACCGCCUUUUGGUAUUUAGGGCCCCCACCCACCGCUCAGGAGUAGGGGCCAGGGAGAAGGACAUUAGGUCCCCCCCUUAUUCUAAUUUAGGGCCCCAACCCACUGCUCAGGGGUGGGGGCCAAGAGGGAGGACAUUAGGUCCCCCCUUAUUGGUAUUUAGGGUCCCCACCCACCGCUCAGGGGUGAGGGCCAGGGGGGAGGAUUAGGUCCCCCCCUUAUUCUAAUUUAGGGCCUCCAUCCACCGCUUGGUGGGAGGACAUUAGGUCCCCCCUUAUUGGUAUUUAGGGCCCCCACCCACUGCUCAGGGGUUGGGGCCAUGGGGGAGUAAAUUAGGUUCCCCCUUAUUCUAAUUUAGACCCCGCAAACCCCGCUCAGGGGUGGGGGCCAGGGGGGAGGACAUUAGGUCCCCCCUUUUUGGUAUUUAGGGCCCCCACCCACUGCUCAGGGGUUGGGGCCAUGGGGGAGUAAAUUAGGUUCCCCCUUAUUCUAAUUUAGGGCCCCCAAACCCCACUCAGGGGUGGGGGCCAGGGGGGAGGACAAUAGGUCCCCCCUUAUUGAUAUUUAGGGCCCCAACCCGCAGCUCAGGGGUGGGGGCCAGGGGACAGGACAAUAGGUUCCCCCCCCCCCCUUUUUCUGAUUUACGGCCCCCACCCACUGCUCAGGGGUGGGGGAUGGGGGGGGAAAUAGGUCCCUUUAGUUUAAAAGCCCCCACUCGCGUGGCAUGGGUGGGGGCUCGGGAGGGAGACACUUUUUUUUUUUUUUUUAAUACAGUGAGCAGCCACUAAUCCUAAGUAAUUUUUACUUAGUUUUAGUAAAUGUACUGUGAGAAUUAGGGAGUUAUCUACUAAGCGGCUGCAAGAAAAGUCCCGAAAGGCCGAAGUUCCGACAUUCUGUAGUGCCGAAGUGCCGUGCCGAAUCGAAGUCCCGAAUUUCGGAAUGCCAAACCGAACCGAAAAUUUUCCCCAUGCACAUGCCUAGAAAAUAUAUUUACCGGGCAGCACAGGCUACUCUCUUGUUCCCCCUUGGCUCGCUGCACAUCCGACAGACAGCAUGAGCUGGAUAAUGCUGUCAAGGUACCACUACUGCUUCAGUGUUAUGAAGUGUGCAAGGAGCUACUUUCAUAAUGAGAGCUGGUCAAUAAUGGAUCCCACAGCUGUAGGGCCCUCAAAGCACAGACAAUUACUACACUACUAAAAAUUAAAUCACAACAUCAAAUAAAAACCUGUAACUUGUCUCAAACUCUUUUCAUGUUCUCUGUUCUUUUAAAUUUAUAUUUAAAGACUUACCAAAUGUCAUCACAUUUCAGUUUAGUCCAGGCACAUCCAGGGUAAACAUUGCGAAUGAGCAGGAGAAAUAGAAGCCUUGUUUCAUUUCUCCUCAGCUCCAUAUGCUUUCUCUAUGCUGACUGCCAGGUGCAAAAGACAGAGCCUAUAACAAUGACUGACAGAGAGCUAAGAUGGAAGCAUCCAGAUUCAAGAUAAAAAUUAGUGGAUUUCUACUUUUACACCUCACAAAUACAUAUAUGGUAAAUAUAAGGUUUAAAGGAGCAUAAUAAAAAUUUGUACGGCGGAACAAAAAAGCAAAAGGGGCACUGUGGAUUCGCCCAAAAAUUUUCAAAUUUUACCCCAGUGUAAUGCGUCAUCGAAUCUAACUUUAUUUUCCUCAAAAGGUGCGCAUUAGAUUUAAGUAAAUACAGUAUAUUGUGCUGCCCCAACUCUUUAAACAUAUUCCCCAAAUACCGCCCUUAAACUGACGGUGUGGCUGGUGCUAGGAACAUGUUUCACACAGGAUGCCUGAAAGCCUAAGGACAUCUCUGUCACCAGGACCCAGAAAAUUGAUAUGUGUGAUACUGAAAGAGCACCUGUAGUUGAGUGGGAUCUGGUGAAUGUCCCUGAACCGAUCCUUCUCUGUCUAUGGGAUGUGAAGCAUGGGAUGCCUUACAGGUGACACAUCUCUUAUUAUUGAUUCAUAGUAGAUUAUGCUAGAUCCCAUAGGUAGCUAUAAUUUAGUUUCCAAGGUCAGUAAUGGCAAACCUAUGGCAUAGGGCCAGAGGCACCCAGUGGUGCCUGAUGGUGGUAUUUAAUUAGUCACAAAGAAUUAAGAAGGCCAAAAUACAUUUUUAGAACUCUAAGAUGCAAGAUUCACCAUGACAUGAUCAUAAAUAUAUUGCUGCUAAGCACCAUCACGCAGUGUACUGGCAAGGAAGCAGGCAACAUUAAAGGGAACACUACAGGGUUAGGAAUACAAAAAUGUUUUCUUUCUAACACAAUAGUGCCCUAGUCACAGUUUAGAUGGCAGCCCCCUACAAGGGAUAAAUUGAACUCCUUGAGGGUUAAUUUACCUUGUAUCCCACACCACGCUGCUCUGCCUGUGGUUGGUCCAGCAAAGCAUUGGGAUGCUAGUAUGCAUGCACAUCAAAAGCGGAAUGAGCCAAUCCGAGACCAUCUGAUACAAAAAAUAGAAUUUUACUUUGCUAUUCCUCUAGUAGCCAUGUUUUCAGAUACAGGGUUAAAAAGGGUGACGGGGGGACAUGACUGAGGUGUCUACAGAGUCGCCUUUACUGGAAUGGCGAGAGUAUGAGUGGAGCAGUAAAUACCAAUGGUGAAUAUUGAUAAAGCAAUAACAGAUUAAGGAUAAUAUGUACUAAUAUGUAAGUCAAAAGACAGGGGCACACUUAUGAAAAAGAAAUACAACAGAAUAGAGUAUAUUUUGAGACAGAAGAAGGCGAUGAGGUGGAUUUAAGAAAGGACAUGGAGAUGUGUGAAAGAGGGGGGCAUGAGAUGGAGGGUAUGGGAGGAUUGGGAGCUGUGAGAGGAAAGGGAAAUUUAAAUGUAUCAAGGGAGAGUACUUUCAUAUGGAGAGAAUGAGAAGUUGAAAUCAAUAGGAAAUCUGAGAUGCAGGAAGCACAAGGGGAUAGAUAGAGAAGAAGGAACUUAAGGUGGAGGAGUUUCUUAUGGAAGGUAUGCAGUAUAGAUAAUCUGAGAUGCAGGAAGUGGAGGUGAAGAAAACCAAAUGAAUUGAAGUGGAUCUAAUGAGUACUGUAGAGGGGAAUUAAAGAGACACUUUAGGCAUUGUACCCUCUUCACUGAAGAAGUCCCUGGCGUCAUUCUGCUGUUCAAUGUCAAACCAUUUUUGAAUGGUUUAAUGCUAAAUGGGAGUUCUCAGUAGCCCAGUCCCUUAGUGCUGCUUGGGCUCAUGAAGCAUUAGCCUGAGUAUCAAUGAGCAGCUGUGAUUGGCUGCGAGUGCCAGCUGACUGAUUUUAGCCUAUCACUGCUGCCCAUUGCUGUGAAUUGGCAUGACUAAAGCAGCCUUAGCCAUACCGCUAGUUGGAGCUAGGCUGUGGGUGGUUGAGGACCCUCAUUCAGAGUUAAACCAUUCAAAAAACAGUUUAACACUAAAUGGAGGGAUUACGUGAGGGGACUUGUUUAGUCACUAUAGCUCAGUGAGAUGCAAUCUUUAUAAUGCCUAGAAUAUAACAUAAUAAUUAUAAUAAUAUUAAUUUUAAAAAAAAACAUACUAACUUUAAAUAACAUUAUAUUGAGUAAAACUGGGAUCUGAUUGUUUGAGAAAGGAGACGUAACUUAAACAAAAUAAAUGCCUUUGGAGAUGCCAGUGGCAAUGCGUUAAUUACAUACAUUAUUAGGUCACAAAUAUUGAUAUUUAUAGAGUGUGAAAUAAAUAUUUAAUGCUAAAACAAAUUCUCUCUUAACCCAGGGCCGCCAUCAGUGCAUGACAACCGUGACAAUUGUCACGGGCCCGGCGGCCCUGGGGGGCCCGGCCGCCCGGGCCCCACGUGGAUCAGCGGAACUGCCGCCGGUGCAUCUGCACCAGGGCCCACGCGCUGAUGGGGCCCAUCAGGUGGCCCAAUCACUUAGGGCCACCCAAUGGGCCCUAUUAUCUUCAGGGGCCCAAUCAGCACUGUAAUAGCGCAACCGGACCCCUUUAAAAAAAAAUGCAGCCGGAAGCAAGUGCUGCUGGGAGGAAGUGACGUCCGGUCACUUCCUCCGACUUUACUCCGCGCGGGAAGGAGGACGCAGCCUGAGGAGAGGCAGCCGAUGCCCAUCAUCCCCAGCCACCCUCCUGCGACGAAAUGGUAAGGAAGAGAGGAGGGUGGCUGGGGAUGAGGUAUAUGUAUGCCAGUGUGUGUGUGUAUGCCAGUGUAUGUAUGUGUAUAUGCCAGUGUGUAUGUGUGUAUGCCAGUGUAUGUAUGUGUGUAUGCCAGUGUAUUUAUGUGUAUAUGCCAGUGUGUGUAUGUAUGUGUGUAUGCCAGUGUGUGUAUGUAUGCCAGUGUAUGUGUGUAUGUAUGCCAGUGUGUGUGUGUGUAUGCCAGUGUGUGUGUAUGUAUUCCAGUGUAUGUGUGUCAGCGUAUGUGUGUCAGUGUAUGUGUGUCAGUGUAUGUGUAUAUGCCAGUGUAUGUGUGUAUGUAUGCCAGUGCAUGUGUGUAUGCCAUUGUAUGUGUGUAUGCCAGUGUAUGUGUGUAUGUAUGCCAGUGUAUGCGUGUAUGUGUGCCAGUGUGUGUCUGUAUGUAUGUAUGCCUGUGUGUGUCUGUAUGCCAGUCAGUAUGUAUGUAUAUAUCAGCAUGCAGUAUGUGUAUGUAUGUUUGUCAGUAUGUAUGUCUGCAUGUAUAUGUGUGUGUGUGUGUGUCAGUAUCUCCCUAUGCAUGUGUGUAUGUCUGUUUCAGUAUUUGUAUCUGUUAGUGUGUGUGUAUUCCUGUGGGCGGGAUUUGGAGGCGGGCUUGAAGGGGGGCCCAGACCUUGAGCUGUGUUAGGGGCCCCAAAAUUUCUGAUGGCGGCCCUGUCUUAACCUAUAACUUUCUUGUAUAUAUUUAAGGGGAGCUUUACGAGUGGACGUACGACUGCAGAGUUUGGGAAUUGAUCAGUGUGCUCAAGGGUCCAGGUGGUUUGCCAACACCCACAAUUGUGAUGAGAACAGUACACAGGUAAAUAAGAUCUGCCAUCGAUUUACGUUCGUCAUGUGUUUUACACUAACACUCUCAACCUCAUAACAUUAUGGAGACUAUAGUGUCAUAUUCUAAAAAGUGGUUCAAAGUUCUAAAAGUGGGUCAGUCACCAUGGAAACCAACAGAAUCAACAAGAAUAUUCCACUGGGGAUUAUUCAACCUUUACAAAUUUGCACCAUUUUUCAGAUCACAACACUUUUCAUAUGUAUUUCAGUACAUUCCAUCUUAUAGUUCUUUUUUGUUUUAAAAAAACCUUACACAAUCUUGUGCUCUGCUCACUGGGAAUUCGUGAGUACUUUGUGUGUGUUGUGCAGAUAUAGAGGUCACAGAUUUUCUACUUGUGAUGUGAACACAUGGCUGUGAUGUGUAGUAGAUGCAUGUCAUACUGGCGGCAACAUGUAGUUACUUUCUUCUGAGCUGCGUGUCCCCCCAUUCAGUGCAUAUCGGAUGAAAGAAACGGCUCCAUCCUGGGCAGGUACAGAUGCGUGUGCCAGCCUGGCUAUUACAGGACACAGCAUGAGGGUAAUGUAACAAUGUGUGCAAUUAUUUUUCUGUGUUAGUACAUAGGUCUGAUUUACUAGUGUGCACAAAUAUUUAUAUACAUUAAUAUGUAUUUAUAAUUACAUGUAAAUGUAUAUAUGUGGUGGUGAUCAGUAUUGUUACGUAUUUGCCCUGUACAUAGAUUUAGUUUGUGUUUGUAUAUGUAUAUAUAUGUGUGUGUGUGUGUGUGUGUGUGUUUGGUCAUAGCUCUAUGUGUUCUUUUAAUCUGUACGUAAAAACAUCACACAGGAUCAGGCAGUUCAUACCAAGGGGUUACAGCCUGUCAACGCUGCAGUGAUGGCUGUGCCACAUGUGUGGAUGGUUCGCCGUGUCUUGUACAGGAGGACUGGGCCCUCCGUGUCACAGUGCUGUCACUACAAGCAGCAGGAAUGCUAGGGGUCUUUCUAAGCAUGCUGGUGGCCUACCAUUUUCGGGAAAGCAAAGUGAGUAAACAUAUUUAAAGCCACAAGCAAUAAAAUGGCAUCACUUCUUCUGUACUACACUUAGUCACAAUACAACAAUGUACUGUGUUAUAGCUCAGCAGUAAAACAAUAUGCAACUAAACCACUAACAAACUAACACACACCUCUUCAGUCCUUGGCCUUCUUCAGCUAACUCUCCCUUUCUCUUACAAACACGUAAAUGGUUAUUCAAUAAAGUGUCGCUGUCUAGGAAGUCAAAAUGAGUUUUACAUUUUUCAAAUAUAUUUUUUCAAAUAAUCUCCAAGUCAGCAUUGUUUUCAUUUCACCUCAUUUUUGCCUAAAAUUUGAAAUUCAUUUUGAAUUCCUUACAACUUAUGCUUUAAUCAAUAACCCUAUCUCACAUACUGAUUUAUUAUUUUGCUUGCCCUUUUAGAGAAUUCGUGCCUCAGGACUUCUUCUUCUAGAGACAAUCUUGUUUGGGUCACUGCUUCUCUACUUUCCGGUAAGUAAUCCCCUACCAUUACUGGAUUAUUCUAUAAUCUGUGCAGUCUCGGAAAAUUGCAACAGAAUUGCACCUUUUCUGAUAAAAAAGCCAAAUUGGAAACAUUCAAUUCUGCUUUUUUGGCUUAUAGCAUUCUCUUGUCAUCUCACCAUAGUCUCGUUGGAGUAAAUAAAAACUUCAGCACUUUUUUUCCCAAGUGGACCAGCAGUUAAAAUGAAACUAUCACUUUUAUGAAAAUGUUGACACUAAUUAAAGCAUUAAAAAUCACCUGUAACCUUUAACCUUUUCCAUGCGAUGCUUCAUGUUUUUUUAUUUAUAUUUAAAGGGAUAUUAUAUUGCCCUCUCCCUUGCUCCCCCUCGCCAUGGUAAAUAAAGGGUUAAAAAGCUUUUAUUUACUUACCUUAUCCCAGCACUGAUGUCCCUUGGCGCUUGGUCGCAGCACAGCCACUUCCAAUGUCACUCGUAUGUGCCGUGAGCAUUUGGCCCUCCCCAUAGGGAAGCACUGAAACAAAAUAGCUGACACUGAAUGUCCUCAUGUAGAGAGUGAGGACAUCCAGCGUCAGUUAGUGGACCAAAAGUUUGGUAACAUUCAUGAAAUGUCUCUAGUGGCUGUCUGGUAGACGGCCACCAGAGGCUGUCUUAGUGCUGCAAUCUAAACAUUGCAGUUUCUCUAAAACUGUAAUGUUUUACAUUGCAGCACUAAGUGCAAUAGGGACAUUGCACACAGACCACUUCAAUGAGCUGAAGUGGCCUGGGUGCCUAUAGUGUCCCUUUAAAGAUUUAGCAAAUUACAAAACAAUCCAGGUCAAUGGAGGCAGAGCCAGAGUAUGUAUUAUAAAUGAGGAGAAAUCGAUUUUUUUUCCAUUUCUAAUUUUUUCUGUAUGCUGACUACCAGGUGUACAGUUCAGAGUUUAUGACAAUGAUUGACAUUUAGAAACAUAGAAUGAGACGGCAGAUAAGAACCAUUUGGCCAAUCUAGUCUGCCCAAUUUUUAGCAGUGCUAAGAAUUGUCAAGAAUUGUGUCACUUGACACCAGUAAGAUAGCACUAGUAACGUAAUAUGGUGUCACUGUAUUACGGCUACAUUUUUUCCGUGGAUAUUUAGUGACACCAUAGUACAUUACUAGUGCUAUCUUACUGGUGUCAAGUGACACAAUUCUUGACAAUUCUUAGCACUGCUUAGUCGAGGUUUCCCCCUGACAAGCAGAUUAGCAUACUUACCAAUAUAUGCAGUUCAUAACUCAAUGCAGGAAGGAUGCAGGUCAGGUAGAUAUAUUAUCUCCAUUGGAUGAGGCCUUUUUAGUGACAAGGCAGCAAUUGCUUCCCUGUCAUUGGUUUUAGACAUUUAGUAGGUGUAAUGGGCAGGUAGGGAAUUGGGAGAUUUUACCCUCUGUUAUAGUAAUAUGGGGGUCUUACUGACCCCCAUAGGGUCUUUAUUUUUUAACUAUUUAAUGUGGGGCAUGGCUAGCAAGUGCUGGCCAGCAGCCUCAUAAUUUACCCUCGACCCAACAAGUGUUUUUAACUAUUGCCCGCUGUAUUUAGCGCUGCCUGCAGGCAAAUAGUUUGAAUUUUUAAAAUUACAGUCUUCAAUUUGAAGCAUUUGGAUCUGGCGGCAUCUGAACCAAAUUCACACCUCUUUUAGGUCUGAAUUUCAAAACCUUGACAUUGUUGAACUUCGUGAACAAUGUCCAGAUUUUGCAGUCUGAAUGGGCUCAUGUGGUUCAUACUUUAGUGAAUAACCCAGAUAAUCUUGAUUACAAAUAAACAAGUUAGUGGGCUCACUAGAAAAUGGCAAAGACAUGAAUAAAGAUUACACUAUGCAAACCUCUUUAUUUCACUGUGCACAGCUAUACAGUUGAACAGUGGUAGCAAGAGCAUCAUAACACAUGGUGAACAGUUGUGUGGCUUUUUAAGAUAUUGAACAAUUUUAUAGUUUUAUAUAGCCAGGUUAGGCAGACAUGUACAAACUCAAGGCAAUAGCUCCAGAAGAAGAAACAAAAUGAAGGCGAACAUGUUAACAAGCAGUAAGAAUAUAGUUGUAGACAACUAUACAUAAACAUAAUGCAUGGUUAAGCUUAGUCGUAGAGUGAGGAACAUUUUUAAUAACUGCAACUAGCUCCCAGCACACAAUUAAAAAUAUACAGACUCCUACCACAAUGACCACUUCAGAUCACUGAAGUGGUCAUGGUGGUUGGAGUAACCCUUUAACAAAAUUUCCACAGUUUCAUUUACGCUUUUCUGCAAUCAUCCAUAACUCGUAGGCCAUUUGCAGAGAGACCCAGGCAUCUAACAAACAAUACUUCCCAUCCAUCAUAACUCCUAAUUCUGUUGGUGCUAUUCCCAAGUCAGCAGUAAUUGGUGCACACAUUCAUGGCACAGACCUGUGUCAUUGCUCCCUUGUAGCCAAAAAGUAAAACUGUCAUGGACAUAGUCUUAAAUUAGAGGGACAAAGGUUUAAAAAUAAUAUCAGGAAGUAUUACUUUACUGAGAGGGUAGUGGAUGCAUGGAAUAGCCUUCUAGCUGAAGUGGUAGAGGUUAACACAGUAAAGGAGUUUAAGCAUGCGUGGGAUAGGCAUAAGGCUAUCCUAACUAUAAGAUAAGACUAGGGACUAAUGAAAGUAUUUAGAAAAUUGGGCAGACUAGAUGGGCCGAAUGGUUAUUAUCUGCCGUCACAUUCUAUGUUUCUAUGUUUCUAUGUCAUGUGGGAAGGUGAAAGGAAAAGGUUGAUGGUGUGAACUGAGGAUUUCUAACAGUGAGAAGCUGAAGGUCUAGGUCUGACAUGGAGAAAACUGGUGAAUAGAGUUGAGGCUCUAACAUGGAGCGAGAAGAAGAGGCUGAAGAUCUCAUACAGGAAAAGUUAUCGAUGAUAGCAAGGUUGAUAAAUUCUGACAUGGAGAAACCAACAGAAGGCUGAAAGGCUGACAUGGCAAAUAAAAAACUAGUAGAAAAUAUGAAAGGUGGACAUUGUAGAUAUCACACAGAGUGAAUUGGCUAGUUGAAGGUUUGACAAGAGAAUAGCUUACAAUGAGGCUUAACGUCGGAUAGGAGAGACUGAAAGGAUGAGUUGAAAUAGAAACAUGCCAGGGAAUAGAAAGAAUGAAAGAGGUUCCUUAGCUAUAGGUAAAUAUUCUUCACAACAAUCUGUCUGGCAAAUAGGAUAAGUUGCUAGAAUGUUGGAGUGAAUUAUGAACAAUUUGUAAGGAUUGCCUUGGGAGAACAUCCCGGCCUUUAUUACCCCUAAUUUUAGGGGACGUUUCACUACUCUCAUAAACUCUUUGCAGGUAUUCAUCCUCUACUUCAAGCCAAGUAUUUUCCGCUGCAUGGCUCUGCGCUGGGUGCGUCUCUUAGGAUUCUGCAUUGUAUAUGGGACCAUUGUUCUAAAACUGUACAGGCAAGAGCAUCCUAUAUUUCUCUCCUUUUUUCAAUAUACGUGAUUACAGAACACACAUGUAUUCAGAUAAUACUAACACACGGUACUGGUGUUGCUCUAACUCUCUGCAGGGUAAUGAAGGUGUUCAUUUCUAGGACUGCACAGCGUGUCCCAUACAUGACAAGUAUGCGUUUGCUGCGCAUGUUGUCUGUCAUUGUGUUGUUUUGCAUCUGGUUCCUGGUGGGAUGGACUUUGGGGAUGCUUGAGAAUCUACAGAGAGGUGUUCCCAUGGUAAUCCGUUCACAGACACGCGAGGGGCUUGUUUUUUACACAUGUGACCAUGACCGCUGGGAUUACAUGAUGUCUCUGGGUAAGGCUACUUUGUAUGUCUUUUUACCAUUGAAACGUUGACGAAUAAAUAAGUUGUGAUGGCUGACACCCUUGGGCUACCCCUUUUGACAUUAAAUGAGAGACACGGUGUGUCAGAAUGUCUGGUGUCCAAUCUCAAGAUGACAUGUGAGAUGUUGAGGUAAACACAUGCCUUCCAACAUUUUAUAUGGACAAAAUGGAACACUUUGAUUUUAGGUGUGGCCUGAAUUUCAAAAUCUGGACAUUGUUGAACUUCGUGAAUAAUCUCCAGAUUUUGCAGUCUGAAUGGGUUUAUGAGAAAUUGUACUUGAGUUACUAUUAACAAUUUAUGUAACUAAAAUGUAGUUACGAAAAAAAGUGAAAUAUUGCAAGAUAAAGGACACUAUGUACUGUCUAAAUAUUUUUUAUAAACCAUGAACAAAAAAGUGAAAACUUUUAAUUUUGUAAAUUUAUUGAAUUUUUAGGUUUGUCUGCAAAGCAAUCUAUAAACAAAAAAUGUUCAUAUGCUAGCAACACAACCCUUGCUUCACAUAAAUAUUAUGCUAAUAUUGUUCAAUAACAAAGUGCUUGGUAGCAGGGUCGCCAUCAGAAAUGUUGGGGCCCCUAACACAGUUCAAGGUCUGGGCCCCCAGGGCCCGCCUCCAAAUCCCGCACAGGAAUACACACACAGACACAAACACAUGCACUGAUACAAAAGGACACAUAUACACACACACUGACACAUGUACAUACUAACAGACACACAUACAGGCAUACAUACUGACACACACAUGCUGAAAAAGACAUAAACACAUAUACAGACACACACACACACACACACAUACAUACAUACAUACAUACUCACAGACAUACAUACAUACUGACACACAUACAUACUGACAUACAUACAGAUAUACAUACUGACAGACAUACAUAUAUACUGACAUACAUAUUGGCACGCAUACAUACAUACAGACAUACAUACAUACUGUAACGGACCGUUUCAGCACACAAGGGGUUAAAACCGUUUAGGCGAUAUUCCCCCCUUCAGAUGCACAGGCACAGCUACUGCAGAAUACCAAACUCCCGAACUGCAUGUAAGGGAAUGCUUCAAACUCUUGAACUGCAUACAAGGGAAUGCUCGAAACUCCCGAACUGCAUACAAGGGAAUGCUCCAACCUCCCGAACUGCAUACAAGGGAAUGCUCCAACCUCCCGAACUGGAACCUCACGAAUAGCUGCUAGCAGACGAACAGGAAAAGCACACAAGCGGCUUACACUCCUGGCAAUCAGUCUCUAACAGCAUACAGUAAAUCCCCCCCAAAGACGAGACAAGGCUCCGUGUUGAGGGUCAAGCAGUGGUCUGUUUUAUGAGGGCUACCUGCCCAGUAUUUAUGCAGGUCUCCCACCUGGUGGACACUCCCCUAGGGGACCAAAUGGGAGACUGUGACAAAGGACAGACAUGAACCAAUGACAGACACACAGAGGUAAAACCUCCCCACAAUGCAUCCUAACUUCCCUCCCUCUGUCCUGGAGAUAAUUGGGAAGUAAUCCAAUUAUCUCCCAGCACAGAGGCAAAACUCCAUUAACCACAUGGCAGUAAAAGACAGUAAAAGACAUGUAUAAAGUUACAACUGUUGCACAAAACAUAUACAUUCUACCUAUCCCCAGAUAGCUUAGAUCUGAGCGCACAAAAGUACCGAAUAGCGCUCAGAUCCUAUGCACACAGUCCAAUCGCCGUGGAGUUAAAGUGUUCACAACGUCUGUUCUCCAUCCGACUAGACUCCACGGGAUGGCUAUCUGGGGUAAUGCCAGUUCAUACGGUUUAAACUACCGAAUGAACAGGCAUCCGGUUAAAUAAGCCUUUUUCUGCAGGGGAAAAGAAGGCUUUUAACAUGGGGCUGUAGUCCAAAGGCAACAGGCGAGCAACCAGGCUUCUCCAAUGCAAUGUGGCGAGAUUGGUCUCGUCACACAUACAUGCUGACAUACAUACACAGACAGAUAUACAUACAUACUGACAUCCAUACAGAUAUACAUACUGACAGACAUACAUACAUACUGACAUACAUAUUGGCACGCAUACAUACACACAUGCAUACACACAUGCAUCUCAUCCACCCUCUUACUUUUACGUUGCAGGAGGGUGGCUGGGGCUGAUGGGAGUUGGCUGGCUAUCCCUCUUUAUGGCCUCCAUCCCACGCGGAGUGAGUUGGGAGGAAGUGACCUGCCGUCACUUCCUCCCAGCAGUACUUGGGGCUGCAUUUUUUUUUAAAGGGGCCUGGCCGUGCUAUUACACGGCCACAGCGCUGACCGGCCCCCUGAAGAUAUAGGGCCAAUCGGGAGGCCCUCAAUGCUUUGGCCACCCGAUGGGCCCCAUCACCACGCGGGGCCCCGGUGCAACUGCGCCUGUGACAGUUCCACCGCUACACAUGGGGCCCGGGCCCCCCAGGCCUGUGACAACUGUCAUGGUUGUCACCACCUGAUGGUGGCCCUGCUUGGUAGUGAAGGUGUUAAUAAAAAUGAAUGUGAGCAUUAUUGCUGUUGAGCUCUUGUUUAAAUUCAUAUACAUCAAGAAUGAUGAGCUCCUAGAAAAAAAAAAAGACAUCAGGACCGAAAAGAGGGACAGAGGGAUUUGUGCUCAAAAUAGGGGCCCUCCUAAACAGGAACACUUGGAAACCAUGGAAACAGUAACAUGCACAUAGGAGACCUAAUUCUGUAGUAUUUGUUUGUUCCUAGCUGAGCUCCUCUUUCUGUUCUGGGGCUGUUUCUUGUGUUAUGGAGCUCGUUCAGUUCCUUCUGCUUUCCAUGAGCCACGCUAUAUGGGUCUUGCAGUGUACAACGAGAUGCUUGUUUCAGCAGCAUUCCAUGUGCUCAGGUAAGGCCAAAGGUCACUCAUUGUAAUGAUAUUAAUGUUAUAAAAACAGCUUAGAGACAAACAUGGUUUUUCACUAAAGGAAGAAUUCAAAGUGAAUUUCAAAUUUAAGACCAUAGUAGCCACUGGAGGCAUAACUGACUAGAAUGUUUCCAGCUUUUGAUCUUAAAUUUGAAUUCACACUUUAGUGCAUAACCAUAAAAGUUAAUUAUUGGAACACAGUUCAAUCCAUGACUUGUAUUCAUCAAGUAUGUGACCAGGCAGACAUGUCCACAAUACUAACUUAUAAACUGUCUCCACUAUAGAUUUGUUAUGGUCUCUUCACUACAUCCAGACUGGGCACUGCUCCUUUUUUUCAUCCACACACAUGGAACAGUCACUAUGACGCUCAUUCUACUUUUGGUACCCAAGGUAAAUCCUUCCUAAAUUACUUUUAGACACAUGAGAACUUGUGUGAUUUCCAGGAACCUGACCACACUGUGAAUGGUUGUUUCAGUUCCUGCAUGCAGGGGGCCCUCCACGUGAAGAGAUAGCAGCUGAGGUGUACGAGGAUGAGCUGGACUUACGACGUUCACGUUCUAACCUGAACAGCAGCAUCACCUCUGCAUGGAGUGAACACAGCUUGGACCCCGAUGACAUCCGGGUAAGUAUAUGAAUUGCACACAUCAGAGAUACCUUACCUUAAAUAUACAGCAGAAAAUAAAUCUAGCAUAAAACAUUACAAUAACAUGAAAGGACCCUAAGAAUAAUAUAACAAUACCACUAUGGUGAAAUAUAAAUUGACUGGCAACCAAUGCGUAUAAGAGUAAUCUAUUUAUGAGUUUCAUGACCAAUAAUUGUCCAACAGCUCUUGCACCUAUAAAAAAAUAGGUUAUACCUAGAACUUUAAUUAGGUACCUCUAAGUGUGAUAUGAGUUUGUUGAUGCAACUCAGUAAGCAGAAUAUCAUGGGUAGUUUGAUGUGCAUCAUCUACAAAAAUGAUACAUGUCUUCUCUCACUUCAAGCACUAUAACCACAGUGUACUGCACUGUUCCUUCAAACUUUGCAGCUUGACUAAUGCAGUACCAUAGCAGAUAUACUUUCAUACAUAGGCAUGUUAUAUCAAAUAACACCUAUGUUUGAAAAGUCAAUGAAUUUAAAUUAUUGGAGAGAAUCAUAAUGCUUUUAAAUAAAAUACUUGUGCUCAGUAUUUCCCAAAUGUGUAUUACUUGCUAUAGGCACCCAGACCACAUCAUCCCAUUGAAGUGGUCUGGGUGCAGUGUCCCUGUACCCCUUAGUUCUGCAAUGUUUACAUUGCAGGACUAAGACUGCCUCUAGACCCACUAAAGGCGCUUCCUAGAUUCUCACAGAAUCUGACUCCCUUAAACGACGUUUUGAAUGAGGACAUCAAGCAUCAGUGAAAUCCCAUAGGAAAGCACUGAUUCCUCCCUCCUCGUCUAAUGACAUCGGAAGUGGCGGAGCACAACCAGCAAAUUGGGUAGGUAAAUGAAAGUUUUUUGUUUUUUUAACACUACGUGCCAGAGGGGGAGGCUGUGAGAGUGGGACCAAAGGGCAUUAUAGUGUUAGGAAUACAACUUUGCAUUCCUAAUACUAAAGAUUGCCUUUAAACUUUGACUGCACUAUGUAGAAUAACUAACGGAAUAAGAAGUACAUGUGGACUAUACUUGAUCAGUCUGACCUGGCUACAUCUCCUUUAUACAGGAUGAACUGAAAAAGCUUUAUGCACAAUUGGAAGUUCAUAAAACAAAGAAGAUGACCCACAACAAUCCACACCUUCAGAAGAAGAGGAGUUCCCGUAGAGGACUAGGCCGCUCUAUUAUACGUCGCAUCACUGAGAUUCCAGAUUCUGUUACACGGCAAUGUGGGCGUGAUGAAAAAGAGGGCUCUCCUGGUUCUAGUGGAGGACAGAGGAGAAGACAGCAAGACAGUGGCAGUGUUAAACUCCGUGAGGAAUCUUUAAGACAAAGAGUCCUUUCACUGCGCAAGUCACACAGCACAUAUGAUCACAUGCAAGAGUCUAAGGAUAGUGGCUCUGUCUCUCCUCGGUUGGAGAGCUCAGCAAGGGAUGCCUCCCUGCGAGACUCCCUGAUGAGACGUAACCUUGCCAAAAAUGUGUCACUGCGUUCUCGUGGUGACUCUCUUCGCCAAGCCCCUUUGGUCUGCAAAUCCCUUAGUGCCCACAAUCUGAUGACAGACAAGAAAGCUCUAAUGGUGCGUCCAGGUGUUUUACAAAAAUCUCACAGCAUGAUAGGGAGUUCUCAUGGAAAAGGCCCACUCACAGGAACCUCAGAAAGCUUCACAGAAAAGGUCACAGAAGGCAGUAGGAACCCGCUUCUAGGAGGUAAUUUUGACAAAGCAGAGGUAUGCCCGUGGGAGCUACAGGAGCUCCCCUCUUCUGCUGAAAGUCGGGGUCAGAAGCAUGUGACUUAUGCACCUGGAAAAUGCAGCAGUGUGGACACCUCACACGCCUCAGGAAAGCCACAUGUCUCUAGGGGGAAAAAAUGUGAAAUGAGUGGUAAACAUCAAAGCUUGGGAAGCAAAGAGGAUCUCAGGAAUGAAAAUGAACAAGACCACAUACAUGAGCAUGUGCAGGAAGAUAAUCACCAGAAACCAGAGAACCCCUUACCUAUCACAGUGAGACCUGGGGCUGCCCAAGUUCAACAACAGAAUGCAGAGGAACAGGGAAACAAAGGACAGAGUUCUGAACCUUCAGGUAUAGCUGGAAAGAGUCCAGAGCAAGGAAAGGCCACAAGACCACUGAACAAAAAUACACUAAAAAGUAUAGUUUUAGCAGUUAGAGCAUUUAAAGGGUCAGCUCCAGGAAGAGAACUAAAGGAGAGAGAGAAACAGACUGCAGAAGACAUUGGUAAAAAGCAAGAAGUAAAUAUUUGCACACAGGAUGGAGAAUCUAGCACGAACGUGGAUAAUAAGUUGAACACUAAUGUCCUCGAUUUAGCAGAAAACAAGGACUUGUCUUUCUCCUCAACACAUGGAGAAUGUUUCUUGAAAAUGAAACGGGAUCAAAAGGAUAAUACCUCUUCUUCUAAAACAUCCAAGCAGACUCCACAGUCAACCAGGUUAGAGAGGAUGAGCCAGCUACGGGAAGCUGUUUGCCCAUGGGAAAGCAUGGAAGGACCACAUGAUACAACACAUAAGUCAAACAGCAUAGAAAGCAGAAGAAGUGAAAUUUGUCCAUGGGAAAGCACAGAUAGUGAGGGUCCAGGAGGUCCUCUCAGUCAAUCAGGAAGUAACCUAUCCUUUCAUAGUCCUCAAAUUGCAGGAAAAAACAAUGGGGAAGUAUGGGAGGGUGAAGAUAAGAAUUUGAGAGCACAAAUCUGCCCAUGGGAAGGUGAAGAAGUAAAAGGACUCAGAGCAGAUAUCUGUCCUUGGGAAGUGAAUGAUAGUGAGGAUCUAAGAGCAAAGAUUUGCCCCUGGGAGACAGGUGAAGUGGAAGAAUCCUCUAAAGGAGCCCUGAGUGGGCGAAACCUAGUAGUCAAACUAGAAGAAUUGGGAAGGCAGAGAGAUGCAGUGUGCCCAUGGGAAAGUGAGGAGUCAGGAGGUUCCCCUGGGCCUCUCAGCCAGUCACACAGUAAAACAUUUGAUGGGGGGCCUAUUCAGUCUAAAACAUCUGAUAGUUUAGAUCUGGAGGCACGACGGGGAGAGAUCUGCCCUUGGGAGAGUCUGGACUCUGAAGGGACUCCGACAACACUGAGUCAAUCCCAGAGCCAUAGCUGGGACCAUGCAACCAAGAUCCAGGUGGAGUCAAGUCCUUGGGAAGUACCUCAGAGCAGCAAGCCAGGCCACAGUCGACUUAACAAGUCCCAAAGUAAGCAGGAUUCUGUGUGUAGCGUGUCAAGUGAAGAGCCAAGGCCACUGUCCAAAAUCAUGAGUAAGAGUGAGGGACGAAUGGGUGACCUGUACCCUUCAGUUAACCCUACACAGCAAGGGAAACGUUUGCACCACUCUCUACGAAUACAACACAGGGGACUUGCUGAAGAACAGGUGGACUGCACCACAAACCAGCAAGGGACUAAUGUACAUGAUACGGCUACAACCAGUGAAAAUUCCACCUGCAAUCUGUCUGAAAUAUGUCCCUGGGAGGUGCAGAAUCAGCCGUUGACAACCAUAGAAAACCAGUCCACCUCCAGUAAAGCAGAUGUCUGUCCAUGGGACUUCCAAUAAUAGGUAUUCAUGUCAAUGAAUUGGUAGACUGAUGUUGGAUGCAAUGUGUGUACAUAUUGUUGGCUUAUGAGAGACAAUUCAAGGAUAAUGUUAAUAUCAAGCAAGAUAUGCGGGAUGUGUAUUCAAUAGGGAAAGGUCAGAUAAAUGACUAUUCUGCUCUCAAAAAUAAUCAAGUUUUAUGGUAGAAAUUGACCCUUUACCUGUAACUGAACCAUAAAUAAUAAAUCCUCCUUUCUUUUCAUUGCUGAAAGUGUUUACAUAUAGUAAGAAAAGCAUGCAUCAUUAAAAACUAUCAAGCUGCUACAACAAUGAGACAAUCAAUUUAACAAAAAUGGUACAAUAAUAUGUAUUGGUGUGAAGUAGGAACUAUAGAG